AAGAGAGAGCCACAGGGAGGGGCCCUCAGAGAUUCCACAGUCUUUGUCUGGAGGAGCACGCAAACAGAAAUCUCUGCCUUUCUUGUAGCCUGUUUUCAAGUCUGGAAGAAGCGAGUGAAAAAGUGCCGUCAUCAUGGAUACCUUUAAUACGGUGAUGAACUUCUUCAUGAAUCAGCGGACCACCAUUGGCUACAGCUUUAUGGCUGCCCUGACCAUCGGUGGGGAGCGCAUCUUCUCCAUGGUCUCAUUCCAAUGUCCUUGCAACUACAGCCAGAACCUAGUCUAUGGGCUCUCCUUCCUGCUGGGUCCCGCGAUCGUGCUGAUGGUGCUGGGCCUCUUCCUCAGCGGGCGUCUCUGGAGACUGUUCACGGGCUGCUGCAUGAACCCGCGCAAAAUGUGCCCACGGGGCGACUACCUGGGCUGCACAUCUGCCCUGCUGAAGGUGUUGUGUAACGCGGCGGUGGCACCCAUCAUGUGGCUCUGCGUCGCCCUGCUCAAUGGGACCUUCUAUGAAUGCGCCGUCAGCGGAGUGGAAGACAGCCUGGUGUUGGAUCUCUUCUGCAAGAACAAGACCAAGCUGUGUCGCGAGGAGCUGGCGCGAGUGCCCUGCAAGAAGUCCCGUCUAUCCCCUGACGACAACAUGGAACUGCUGCUCAUGCUCCGUGCUCAGUCCCAGAUCCUGGGAUGGUGCAUCAUCCUGACCGCAGCCACCUUGGGCCUGAUUGGCACGUGCUACAGGAACUGCCGCUCCCAGGUGAGCUACCUGCAGCUCACCUUCUGGAGGAAGUACAUGGACAAAGAGAAGCAGCAGUUCGAAACCUUCGCCAACGAAUACGCCGGAAAGCUGGCCGAGCGGAACCUCAAGAGCUUCUUUGAGAACCGUGACCCCGACGCAUUCCCCUUCCCCAACCACAAGGCCUGGGAGGAGAUCUCGUCCCUGUACACCUUCUCCCAGAGCGAGCAGUGCUACAGCACUCUGCAGCGCUACGUGGAACGCGCCGACCGCGACUACAGCCCGGAGAAGAGGCCUGUGCUGGAGGAGCACGAUGGCGUGGAGGCAAUGUAGGUCAAGGACAGCUGACAAGGUACGCAUGCUUCGUCCGCCCGAGGUACGAACUCUGAAAAGCAAAAAUAUGUGAUAUUUUUUUAAACCGAGAUGUUUGUUAUUCAACCAACAUUUCAAAUUCCUAGUUUUAAUAUCAUUAAAAUGGCAUCACAUAUUUUUACAUGUGGAAAGGUAGUCGGCAGCAGUACCUACUCCACGCGUGCAAUCAUAAGUGCUACUCCUUGAGCUGUUAGAAAGACAAACUCCCUGGAAAUCCGGUCUCUCGGUGAAGCGCUUCAACCAACGUACGUCUCCCAAAGGACAGUGGAGAUUGAGGGAAGACCUUCUCCUGGACCCUGCGAGUUCAGAGACCUUUUCUAAUCUGCCGCAAGAAUACCCAUCUAUAACAUUCCUAGCAAAUAAGGUGCUGUAAAAAAUCCCCAUGCAGUUUACAAUCUCACGCGGUUAUCUUUGACCGCGUAGUAGCUGUGGCCGUAGUGGAGCAGUAUGCAGAUGGUCCUCACGAUUGCAUUUGCAUUGCAGCAGAAAGACUGAUACCAGAAGCACGGCGUGCACCGUGUUACAGCGCUGCGGAAGCGCAGUAACCGUAUGGCGAUACGACGUGCAUUUGAAGUGAAAACUUAAGGCCGAUUAACAUUCCAGACCCGGUGAAUUAAAUUUUUCGCUUGGUCUGUCUGUGUGUGUUUCUUUACGAAUAAAAGCAUUUUUUCUUGAA